UUUCAGCAGUGCAGCCGCCAGGCGUUGGCAUCUCCCGGGAGAGCCUUCCGGGCUCCGGGCGGCGGCUGGCCGGGGCGCGAUCUGGGGCGCCCUUGGGCAGGGCGCGGGGGGCAGCGCCUCGCCUGGGCUCUGGAGGCUGCGGGGCCACAGCUCCAGAUGCGGAAGCCAUGGAGUUGAGCUGCAGCGAAGUACCUCUUUAUGGACAGAUGACGGUCUAUGCGAAGUUUGACAAAAAUGUUUAUCUUCCUGAAGAUGCUGAGUUUUACUUUAUUUACGAUGGAUCUCAUCAGCGACACGUCAUGAUUGCAGAGCGCGUCAAGGAUAACGUUCUCCAGUCCAGUGUUCCAGGCCGGGGGCUUCAGGAGACGGUGACGGUGUCCGUGUGCCUCUGCUCGGAAGGCUACUCCCCAGUAACCAUGGGCUCUGGCUCGGUGACCUAUGUGGACAACAUGGCGUGCAGGCUGGCCCGUUUGCUGGUGACCCAGGCAGACCGCCUCACGGCCUGCAGCCAUCAGACUCUGCUGACCCCAUUUGCCCUGACGGUGGGAGCACUGCCUGCUUUGGACGAGGAGCUCGUGCUGGCUCUGACCCAUCUGGAGUUGCCUCUGGGGUGGACUGUCUUGGGCAAUUCUUCACUUGAAGUAUCUCUGCACAGAGAGUCUCUUCUACACCUGGCUAUGAGAUGGGGCCUGGCUAAGCUUUCCCAGUUCCUUUUGUGUCUCCCUGGGGGAGUCCAGGCCUUGGCUUUACCCAAUGAAGAGGGUGCCACACCAUUAGACUUAGCUUUACACGGUGGACACUCCAAGCUGGUGGAAGACAUCAAAAAUUUUCAGGGCAGGCGGUCCCCAGCCUUCUCCCGAGUGCAGCUCAACGAAGAAGCCUCCCUGCAUUAUGUUCACUCAUCAGAAACGCUGACCUUAACCCUUAACCACACAGCCGAGCAUCUGUUGGAGGCAGAUAUUAAACUCUUCCGGAAAUACUUUUGGGAUAGAGCCUUUCUUGUCAAGGCCCUUGAGCAAGAAGCCAGGCCGGAGGAAAGAACUACUGUGCCCUCUGGUGCUGCAGAAACUGCAGAAGAGAUUAAGAAUUUGGUGUCCAACAGAUCAUCAUCUGAAAAGGAGGAUGUGAAGUGUAACAAAAGCUUGGUGGUUCAACUGAGUGAACAUGAAGACGAGGACAGCCUAGAUUUGGAUCGCUCCUUUGAUGUCCUCAAAAAAUCCAAGCAUCCCCCAAUGUUGCUUGCUACAGGCCGGCUUUCUGACAUGCUGAAUGGAGGUGACGAAGUCUAUGCUAACUGUAUGGUGAUCGAUCAGGUUGGUGAUUUGGAUAUCAACUAUAUUAAUAUAGAGGGAAUCACUGCCAACACCAGCCCUGAAUCCAUGGGUUCCACUCUGGGGCCUCAGAGCUGCAAGCAUAUCCUUCCUACUGACGCCAGGCCCGGGAUGUCCACACUAAGUGAGAACAGCGAAAACACAGCGAAGAUUGAAGCCCAGCCGUCCUUCAUGUCACCGUCUAGCUCAUGCACUUCCAACUUGAAUCUUUCUUUUGGUCUGCAUGGAUUUGAAAAAGAACAAAGUCAUCUAAAGAAAAGAAGUUCUAGCCUUGAUGCUUUGGAUGCUGACAGUGAAGGGGAAGGGCAUUCUGAGCAGUCACACAUCUGCUACACUCCAGUGUCUCAGAGUUCUUCAAGAACUGGGAUUCCUAGUGGGGAUGAAUUGGAUUCUUUUGAGGCCAGUGUGGAACCGGAUUUUAACAUCUCCAGGGCUGAAUCACUUUCUCUGUCAAGUAAUCUGCAGUCAAAGGAAUCAUUGCUUUCUGGAGUCCGCUCACGUUCUUACUCCUGCUCAUCACCCAAAAUUUCUUUAGGAAAAGCUCAGCUGGUGCGUGAUUUUACAGUGUGCAAUUCAAGUGAAGAUGGUGUGCUCCACAGUGGCCGUUCCCUCCUUCAGUCUCUCUCACUGUCUAGAUCAGUGUCUCUGCUCCAUCCCCGUAAGCAAAGAGCUUACAGCUUACCGGAGCCACCAAGAGAAAAAAGAAUUCAGGAAGAAGAAUGGGAUAAAUACAUCAUACCUACAAAAUCAGAGUCUGAAAAAUAUAAAGUGAGCAGAACUUUCAGCUUCCUCAUGAACAGGAUGACUAGUCCUCGGAAUAAAUCUAAGACAAAAAGCAAGGAUGCCAAAGACAAAGAGAAACUGAAUCGACAUCAGUUUGUCCCUGGAACAUUCUCGGGGGUUCUCCAGUGUUCCGUUUGUGAUAAAACGCUCCCGGGGAAAGAGUCAUUCCAGUGUUGCAACUGUAAUGCAAAUGUACACAAGGGUUGUAAAGACGCCACGCCUUCGUGUGCCAAGAAAUUCCAAGAGAAAUAUAACAAGAACAAACCGCAGACCAUCCUUGGAAAUUCUUCAUUCAGAGACGUCCCACAGCCUGGCCUCUCUCUGCACCCUUCUUCUUCCAUGCCUAUUGGAUUGCCAGCUGGAAGGAAGGAAACUGCAGGGCAGGUCCAUCCAUUGUCCAGAAGUGUUCCGGGCACUACCUUGGAAAGCUUCAGGAGGUCAGUGACAUCCUUGGAGUCUGAGAGUGACAGUAACAACUGCAGAAGCAGAUCUCAUUCGGAUGAGCUGCUACAGUCUGUGGGUUCUUCUCCCUCCACGGAAUCUUUCAUAAUGGAAGAUGUCGUGGAUUCUUCUCUGUGGAGUGACCUCAGCAGUGAUGCCCAGGAGUUUGAAGCAGAAUCUUGGAGUCUUGUGGUGGAUCCUUCAUUUUGCAGUAGGCAGGAGAAGAAUGUCAUCAAAAGACAGGAUGUCAUUUUUGAGCUAAUGCAAACAGAGCUGCAUCACAUCCAGACCCUGUUCAUCAUGUCCGAGAUCUUCAGGAAGGGCAUGAAAGAGGAGCUGCAGCUUGACCACAGUACCGUGGAUAAAAUCUUCCCCUGUUUAGAUGAGUUGCUUGAGAUCCACAGGCAUUUCUUCUACAGCAUGAAGGAGCGAAGACAGGAAUCCUGUGCUGGCAACGACAGGAAUUUUGUGAUCAACCGAAUUGGAGAUAUUCUGGUACAGCAGUUUUCAGAAGAAAAUGCAAGUAAAAUGAAGAAAAUAUAUGGAGAAUUCUGUAGUCACCACAAAGAAGCUGUUAACCUCUUUAAGGAACUCCAGCAGAAUAAAAAGUUUCAGAAUUUCAUUAAGCUCCGAAAUAGUAAUCUUUUGGCUCGACGCCGAGGAAUUCCAGAGUGCAUUCUGCUGGUCACUCAGCGCAUCACAAAAUACCCUGUCUUGGUGGAAAGGAUAUUGCAGUACACAAAGGAAGGAACUGAAGAACAUAAAGACUUAUGCAAAGCUCUUUGCUUAAUCAAAGACAUGAUUGCAACAGUGGAUUUAAAAGUCAACGAAUAUGAGAAAAACCAAAAAUGGCUUGAGAUCUUAAAUAAAAUUGAAAACAAAACAUGCACAAAGCUCAAAAAUGGCCAUGUGUUUAGGAAGCAGGCACUAAUAAGUAAAGAAAGGACUCUGUUAUACGAUGGCCUUGUUUACUGGAAAACUGCCACAGGUCGUUUCAAAGAUAUCCUAGCUCUACUUCUAACUGAUGUGCUGCUGUUUUUACAAGAAAAAGACCAGAAAUACAUCUUUGCAGCUGUUGAUCAGAAGCCAUCAGUUAUUUCGCUUCAAAAGCUUAUUGCUAGAGAAGUUGCUAAUGAGGAGAGAGGAAUGUUUCUGAUCAGUGCUUCAUCUGCUGGGCCCGAGAUGUAUGAAAUUCACACUAAUUCCAAGGAGGAACGAAACAACUGGAUGAGACGGAUCCAGCAGGCAGUAGAAAGUUGCCCAGAAGAAGAAGGGGGAAGGACCAGUGAAUCUGAUGAAGAAAGGAGGAAAGCUGAAGCCAGAGUGGCCAAAAUUCAGCAAUGUCAAGAAACACUCACUAACCAAGACCAACAAAUUUGCACGUAUUUGGAGGAAAAGCUACGUAUCUACGCUGAGCUUGGAGAAUUGAGCGGAUUUGAGGAUGUCCAUCUAGAGCCCCACCUCCUCAUUAAACCCGACCCGGGGGAGCCUCCCCAGGCAGCCUCAUUACUGACAGCAGCACUGAAAGAAGCUGAGAGCCUACAAGUUGCAGUGAAGGCCUCACAGAUGAGCGAUGUCAGUCAGUCAUCCGAGGACGGUUGUGGAGAAUCUGUCUUGAUGGACACACAUGGUUCUCAUGAUGUCCCAGGAUCGCCUACUGCUUCACUAGUCACAGAAGGGAGAGAAGGAAGAGGCUGUUGGGAUGUGGAUCCCGGGCUCCAGGGUGUGGUAACCGACUUGGCGGUCUCUGAUGCGGGGGAGAAGGUGGAAUAUAGAAGUUUUCCAGGUUCAUCACAGUCAGAGAUUAUACAAGCUAUACAGAAUCUAACCCGCCUCUUAUAUAGCCUUCAGGCCACCUUGACCAUUCAGGACAGCCACAUUGAGAUCCACAAGCUGGUCCUCCAGCAGCAGGAGAGCCUGUCCCUCGGCCACUCUCUCCUCCGAGGCAGCCCCUUUCAGGACCAGGAGAAGCCCCGCGACGCGGACAAGCAGCGCGAGGAGCUGGCCAACAUGCACAAGCUGCAGCACCAGCUCCAGCAGGAACAGCGGCGCUGGCUCCGCAGGUGUGACCAGCAGCAGCGGGCGCAGGCGGCCAAGGAGAGCUGGCUGCAGGAGCGGGAGAGGGAGUGCCAGUCGCAGGAGGAGCUGCUGCUGCGGGGCCGGGGCGAGCUGGACCACCAGCUGCAGGAGUACCAGCACAGCCUGGAGCGGCUGAGGGAGGGCCAGCGGCUGGUGGAGAGGGAGAGGGCGAGCGUGCGGGUCCAGCAGAGCCUGCUGGGCCCCUGGAAGCACAGCCGCCAGAGGAGCCUCCCCGCAGCCUUUGCUCUGGGCAGCAAGGAGGUAAUGGAACUUAAUCGAUCUGAGAGUUUAUGUCAUGAAAAUUCAUUCUUCAUCAAUGAAGCUUUAGUACAAAUGUCACUUAACACAUUCAACAAACCGAAUCCAUCAGGGAUCCAUCAAGAUGCCACUUCUCCCCCAAACAUGUCCAAUUCUGAUCUGGUAAGGACUAGUGAAAAUCAAGUAGACCUCAAGAUGGACAUUUCCCAGCCCUCAGAUGUCAACCAUGAACUGUGGACAGCCACUGGGUCCUGUCAUCGAAUACCUCCUCUCCACGAAAGCAGCAAGGAUUCUUGUAAAAAUGAUUUGGACACCUCCCAGGCCGCGUCCCCAACCCCCGAUGACUCACAUUCACACCACCCUCAGCUGCAGACAUUCAUAACAGAAGCAAAGCUAAAUCUACAGACAAUGACCAGACAAGACGGGGAAAUUGGAGAUGGAGCUGAAGAAAAUAUUGUUUACCUCUAAUUGUAUUGUCAUUUUUCCAAACAAAACAAAACACUGGCACUUUUGGGAGAAACUUUUUUUUUUUCCAUUCCUUAUGUAUGUGUGAUUGUCUAUGUCCAAAUUGCUUUAAGAAUAAUAUUUAAUAUUUCAUGCAAGUUCAUUUUGGGGGCAUGAGUCUUAUAAUUAAAUUAUUGAAAGCAGCCCUGUUUGUAUAAUCUUUUAACUUAUCACACCUAACUUCAGACUUCUGGAGGAGAAACUAACUUGAAUUAGCUGAAGCAUUUUAAAAAGUUGUUUUGACCCUACAAUAAAAUUCCACAUUGCAUUUUCUGCUGGAUCAUCUGGAUUUCAAAAUGUCUUUUAAGAUUUCAAUGACGCAAUUUGGAUUUACAGAGUGAUAUUCACAUCGGAUGACCUUGCAUGGUCCCAGCAGUUGCUUAUCAAGAGUAGCCUUAGUGCCCAAAAAGGCAGAAGAGGAUGUGGGAAAGGCCUUUCCUUGGCUAGUUUUUAUGUGCUAAUUUCCUUUGGGGUCAUCUCUUUUACAGUCACCAUUCAACCAAGGUGUCCUGCCUGGGCACCUGUUGUGAUUGGUCAGCCACUGUGCCAGAGACAUGGUCCGGACACACUUAGGACCUGAGGUGUGUGCUUUGCAGACAUGCUUUCUCAGUCCUGUUGCUGCUGGGGUGGGGGUGGGAGAUCAAUCCGCAGUUCAGCAUCAUCUUUCAACACAGCCCAGAAGUCCAGAAGUCCAGACCCCCCAGCAAGUCAAUUGUGAUGUAAAUAGUGAAAUUCCUUUAGAGGCCUCACUCCUGUCAGCUGGCUUGUCCCUGCUGGCACCUAGAGCACCAACAACCACCACUCACUGGAAGAAACUCUUCCCUGCAUGUUUUUGAGGACAAAAACUGCUCACUCUUGGUGAAGCUUUCUGCCUGGAUACAGUUUUCCUCAAAGGAAAACUGGUACAUCCUGCCUUCAGAGUAAUAUUGGUCUCUGCUUGAGAAACCAGGAAAUAUUUUCAUCUUGUUCAGAAUUACUUGUAUAUGUUUUGGUGUCAAUAAAUAUCUUUUACCUCGUUA